AUGGCCGGCUUCACUCUCAUCUUCACCCCCACCACCGCCGUCUACGGACGCUCUGGCUACAACAAGGACGGCGACGACGAGGAGAACGACCGCGGCCGCUCUGGAUACAACAAGGAUGGCGACGACGACGACGAGUCUCAGAACAAGGGCCGCUCCGGCUACAACAAGGACGGUGACGACGAGGAGGACAAAUAA